CUCCAAAGUCAGUGUGUGAACAUGACUGUUGUGAUGUCGGAGGAGAUGAAGCCAGAGAGUGUGUCGCUGCAUCCUGUGGGCACAGCAGCUGCCCCAGUGCCAGAGCUGCUGUGUAUCUUUGGGACGGGGGACCUGGGGCGCUCUCUGGGCCUACGUCUGCUACAGUCUGGCUACAGGGUGGUGUACGGCAGCCGUAGACCCCACAGCUGUGGCCCCUUGCCUCAGGGAGCUCAGGUGAUGAGCCAUGCAGAGGCAGCCCAGUCAGCCAGUCUGAUCUUUAUUUGUGUUCAUAGAGAACACUAUGAAUUCCUGGAAACACUUGCAUCUCAUCUUGAAGGAAAGGUGCUGGUGGACCUCAGUAACAACCUGAAGAAAGGCAUGUACCAAGAAGCCAAUGCUGCCUACCUGCAGAGUCUGGUCCCUGGAGCUGCUGUGGUGAAAGGCCUUAACACGCUGUCUGCCUGGGCCCUGCAGAAUGGACUUCUGGCAGGAAAACAGGUCUACCUGUGUGGGAACAGUGCAGAAGCAAAGCAGGCGGUAGCAAAGAUGGCCACCAAGCUGGGCCUCACUGUUUUGGAUCGAGGGACUCUGUCAGCAGCCAGAGAGCUGGAGGACUUCCCCCUGCAGCUGUUCCCUGAGUGGAGGCUGCCACUACGUGUGGCCAUCGGCCUCAUCGCCUUCUUCUUCUUCUAUCUGCUCAUUAGAGAUGUCAUCUACGCAUAUGCUGAACAGAAGAAAGACAUCUCCUUCAGAAUCAUGGUAUCCCUGGCCAACAAGGUGUUUCCGAUUGUGUCUCUCGUCAUGUUGUCUCUGUGUUACCUGCCUGGUGUUAUAGCUGCCAUUCUUCAGCUCUACAGAGGCACCAAGUACAGGCGCUUCCCUGAUUGGCUGGACCGCUGGAUGCUGUGCAGGAAGCAGAUGGGUCUGAUUGCACUAGGCUUAGCUUUUCUCCAUGCCAUCUAUACAUUCAUCAUUCCUAUUCGCUAUGCUGUCAGACACAAACUCAUCUCGCUUGUGGUGGAUGAGAUGAAGAACAAUAAAACCACCCCGUUUUACUUUGAUAACACGGAGGCAUGGGGCACAGACUCGUUCUAUGUGCUAGGAAUCCUAGGGUUAUUUCUUUAUGUCCUGCUAGGACUAACAUCCCUGCCCUCUGUGGGGGGCACUCUCAGCUGGAGAGAGUUCAGCUUCAUUCAGUCUAAGCUGGGCCACCUGACCCUGUGCAUAUGCACGGCACAUGGCUACAUUUACGGCUGGAACAAAUUUCUUCGUUCCUCUACCUACAAAUGGUACACUCCUCCAGGCUACAUGCUCUGUCUAAUUGUGCCUUCUGUGGUGCUGGUGCUCAAGGUGCUGCUCGUUCUCCCCUGCGUUGACCGAACCUUAACCCGCAUUCGACAAGGCUGGGAGAGGACCCAGCCAAGGGAGGAGAUGGGUACGAUUAAGGCCACCAACCUGUGAACUCUGACCUCUGAAGUCAUUGGGGUUGCUGAUUAUCUGAGGGCUUCAUUCACUCAUUAUUUUGAAGGAAGAAAAAACUUAGAACUGCACAUAACUAUACAUUUCAGCCAAUACAUAAUCGUAAACUGAAAAACAAUAUUCCAUGUUGUGAUUUAGCACAAAAACAAACUUAUUUUAGAAGACAAUCAUUUUCUAAAAUCUCUACUAUUUGGACCAAAUCUCUUCAUAUUCAGCUUGGUAUGUAGAUUUUGUAGAAUGAGUAAUACUUUAGAUAAAAAACAUACACACAUAUCCAAAGAUAAUUUUGUCCAUGCUGUGUUGGUGUGUGAUUGUCUCCUUUGAUCAGUCAGCACUGCCUAUUCUCAAUUGGCAAUAGCCAAACAACACAAAAAAGUAUAGUUUAUUGCAGCCAAGUGGACAGGUCUCCAUGGAUAUAAAUGUUUUUAAUGUCUAUUUCCUUUGAGCUUGAGAAAGAAAAAAAAAACUGAUUUCAUGUUUGUACUGUAUCUUUUCACAGACUGUGGUGAAAAUAGAUUGAUAUCCCCCUGCUGAAAUCCAUUGUUUUGAUAAACAUA